AUGCCGGUGUGGAAGCGUCGGAACAGGAAGCGCCAGAAUAGUGAGAGCGAUGACGACAAUGAUGAUGAAGGUGAGGAGAGCCUGGUGAAGGUGGACGAUGACGAGGUCCAGAAGAACAAACGUUUGGAGAAGAAACGCAGGCUAAAAGAGCGAUUUGAUGCAGAGUAUGAUGACGACGACGCCACUUACUUUGAUGACUUGAAGGAGGAGAUGCAGAAGCAGGCUGAGCUGAACAGAGCAGAGUUUGAGGACGUGGACGAUGAGACCAGAGUGCAGUAUGAAGGUUUCCGGCCAGGAAUGUACGUCAGAUUAGAAAUCUCCCCGUUACCCUGUGAGUUUGUUACCAACUUCGACCCCCAUUACCCCAUCAUCCUGGGAGGCCUGGGCUCCAACGAAGGCAACGUAGGAUAUCUGCAAAUGCGACUGAAGAAACAUCGCUGGUAUGAACGCAUCCUGAAGACGCGGGACCCGCUCAUCCUGUCCUUAGGCUGGCGGCGUUUUCAGACCAUCCCUCUCUAUCACAUUGAGGAUCACAACGGACGCCACCGCCUGCUCAAAUACACACCGCAGCACAUGCACUGUGGAGCAUCCAUCUGGGGUCCGAUCACACCACAGGGCACCGGCUUCCUGGCUGUGCAGUCAGUAACAGGAACCAAAGCUAAUUUCCGCAUAGCCGCCACAGGAGUCAUCCUGGACCUGGAUAAAUCAGUGACUAUAGUGAAGAAGCUCAAGCUGAUUGGUUACCCGUACAAGAUCUUUAAGAACACCUGCUUCGUUAAGUGCGUGGCAGACAUCGUGUUCCUGCGCUCCUGGUAUCCAGUGACUGUUCCUCAGCUCUACAACCCCGUUACCUCUCUGCUGCUGCCUGUGGGCCAGAAGGACAGCUGGUCGGGCAUGAGGACGAUGGGGCAGCUCAAACGUGACCUGGGCAUCCGCAACAAGCCUAAUACUGACUCUCUGUACAAGCCGAUAUCCCGAGCCCAAAGGCACUUCAACCGCCUGCACAUUCCCAAAGAGCUCCAGAAGGCUCUGCCCUUCAAGAGCAAACCCAAACAGCAGCAACGUAAAGGAAAGACGCCCAAAGACCUCCAGAGGCCGAGCGUGAUCCGAGAGCCUCACGAGAGAAAGGUGAUGGCUCUGCUCCACGCUCUGAGCACCGUCAACAACUACAAGAAGAAGAAGGCCCACACGAUGCAGCACGCCAAACACAAGGUAUUCCUCGAGCAGAAGAAGAAAGAGGAUGAGGCCAAGCUGAAGAGACAGAAGGAGGCACAGAAAAAACUGUACCGUGUCAUGGGCCAGAUGGACAAGAAGAAGCAGAGGUCCAGUCUGAAGGGAGCACAGGACGACUGAUUCACUGGACACGGACUCAUUUUCUGACUGAGACUCUUGCUAUGCUCUUUGCUUUGUGUUCUAUAACAGUUUUUUACCGUGUUGUAUUAUUCUGAAAAAUGCUGUAAAGAUUUUGGAAUUUGUAUCAAUAAAACACAAUAUCGACCUAAA